CUAAGGUCUCCCAGACUAAGGACUACAUCAGAGCCAAAGUUUGCUUCAACCUGGAUAACCCGGCCAAGGCAUUCAGAAGAUUGAACCUCAAGUCUGGUGGGACGUGAACAUUGAAUUUGAAUAUGAAAAGGUUCAUAAGAGAUGUUUUCACUGUCUGCGCCUUACCCAUGAAAAGAUCAGAUGCCCACUUUUGCGUAGAGGUGGUGUAAAGGAGAAACAAAUAUCUAAUGACCGAGAGGCAUUGCCUGAGCCUCGUCCUAAUCUUCCCAUUGUGAGAGCUUCAUUACUGGAUGAGGGCCCUCCUGGUUUUCCUCCCAUGUUUCCGGAGCUUUCAAAGCAAGACCAAAAAAUGGCUAUGAUGUAUAUCUCACAUGCUGAUGAGACAGAACGCAGAGCUAGAAUCGAAAGAGUCAAGCAAGGUAUUGAUGAUAGUGCUGCUGAAGCUUCGGUCCGUAUCACUCGGAUUACCAAUGAGCUAGACAAAAGAAAAGGCCAUGUUUUCUCUUAUCAAGACGAUACAUUGGUCUCUAAGAAACAGAGACCCCUCUUACUUGGAGCUUACUCAGAAGGCUAUGCUCAAUCUCUGGAGGAAGGUGAGGCUGAUUCUUCGGCUACAAAUGUUUCCUUUACGUCUGCUCCCACUGCGGUUCUGACGGGUUUUCAGCUUGGCCCUUCCUCGGGAGGGCGAGUCUCCGGGAAUCAAAAUGCCAGCAAGACCCAAAGGAAGAGGCCUCCGUCCUGGAAGAGGAAACCCAAUACCAGUCGUGCUCAGGCUUCUUAUCCUGCUCCUUCUCAACACCUGAACAAGGCAAAGAGAAAGUCUUCUCCCCCUCCCCAGACAGCGUCCGAGAACAAAUCUGCAAAGCUUACAGACCCUACGGUGGCUUCCGUAUUGAAGCCGCUGCUCCCCCAAUGAGCAUUUGGUGUUGGAACUGUCAAGGUGCUGGAAGUACUGAGACAGUUCAGAAAAUUCGGGAAGUUAGACGUCUACACUUUCCGGAUUUCAUGUUUUUUAUGGAGACUAAACAAAAAUACGCGUAUGUUUCUGGAUUACAAAAAAGCUUGGGUUAUGAUAAGUUGUUCACGGUGGAGCCUAAUGGUUUAAGUGGUGGGCUAGCUGUUAUGUGGAAGGAUAGUUACAAUGUUGAGAUACUGUCUAGUGAUAAGAGGAUUAUUGACAUGAAGAUUUCGUCGGGUCCUUUGGAUUUCUUUCUCUCUUGUGUUUAUGGAGAUCCCGUGCGAGCUAGAAGGCAGGCGGUAUGGGAUCGUCUUGUUGAUAUUGGGUUGGUGAGAGACACGGCUUGGGUCCUCGCGGGUGAUUUUAAUGAAAUUAUGUCUAAUGAGGAAAAACUUGGUGGAGAAGAAAGGAGUGAGUCGAUAUUUUGGGGCUUUCGAAGUAUGGCUCAGAACUGCAAGUUGAAGGAAAUUAGAAGCUCGGGUUAUAUCUUCUCUUGGGCGGGGAAAAGAGAAUCAGGUUGGAUUCAAUGUCGUCUUGAUAGAGGGUUUGGGAAUGACGAGUGGUUCAAUAUGUUUCCCCGCUCACAUUUACAAUACUCAGAUAUGUGGGCUUCUGAUCAUAGACCCUUCCUAAUCAGAUUUGCUCAUGAGAGUGAAGAUCAUUACAAGAGAAGGUUCUACUUUGAUAAAAGAAUGGCUGAUGAGGAAGGUUUUGAAGACCUGAUAAAACAGAGCUGGUGUGGUGCUGAAGAGGAUGAUUCCUAUACUGUUGCACGUAUUGCUCGAUGUCGUCAAGACAUUGCUAAGUGGAAACGCCAAACCAGUUUCAACUCGAAGGAUAAGAUCACACGGUUGAAGCUUGAUCUGGAGUUUGAAGUGUCUAAGCUUCAUCCCAACUUUCACUCUAUGAAGCUCUUGCGUCAGCAACUAGCUACUGCCUACUUGGAUGAAGAACGAUACUGGAGGCAAAAAUGCAGGGAGGAAUGGUUGAAAGCAGGGGACCGGAAUACUCUAUAUUUUCGUAACUGUGUCAAGGGGAAGAAGAUCCAGAAUCGGAUUCUCAUGUUAUUAGACGAGCUGGGAGGUGAGCAUUUCUCGGAGGGAGCUAAAGGUCACAUAGCAGUAGAGUAUUUCAGGGAUCUCUUCAUGAGUUCUAACCCUUUCGACCUUGAGUCUCUCUUUGAAGGCUUCCAAAGUAGGGUCACGCAAGAGAUGAAUACAACGCUUACUGCAAUGGUUACAGCUGAUGAGAUCAAGCAGGAAGCCUUCAGUGUGAAGGGAAGCAGCGCCCCUGGUGAGGAUGGUCUUACAGGAGUAUUCUACCAAAGGUUUUGGCACAUUGUGGGUCCUGCUCUCGUUAAAGAGAUUCAACUUUUCUUCUCAACCUCGACAAUCCCGGAUGGGUGGAACCAUACUCAGCUGAGCCUGAUCCCUAAAGUCACCAAGCCGUCAAGAAUGCAGGACUUAAGACCCAUAAGCCUAUGCUCGGUACAGUACAAAAUUAUCUCCAAAAUUUUGUGUAACCGGCUAAAAAUCUAUCUGCCUGAGCUCAUAUCAGAAACUCAAGGUGCAUUCGUCUCAGGCCGUUUGAUAUCUGAUAACAUCCUCAUUGCACAUGAGAUGGUACAUGGACUACGUACCAAUAGCAGAGUGGAUACGAGUUUCAUGGCCAUUAAGACUGAUAUGUCUAAGGCUUAUGAUAGAGUGGAGUGGAGCUUCCUCGAGAUUCUCUUGGAGAAAAUGGGUUUUGACCGAAUUUGGAUACAUUGGAUCAUGGGUUGUGUGAGCUCUGUUUCUUACUCGGUUCUUCUCAAUGGUAAUUCACACGGCUUCAUCAAACCGGAACGAGGCAUUAGGCAAGGAGACCCGCUCUCUCCCUUCCUAUUUAUCCUCUGCGCUGAAGCUCUAGUGAACUGUCUUAACCACUCAGAAGCGAAUGGGAGAAUCAAUGGUAUUAGAUUGGCGGCUACGGGCCCUUCAGUUCAUCAUCUCCUAUUCGCUGAUGAUAGCCUACUGAUGUGUAGAGCUAGUGUGGAGGAUGCUCUGGAAAUCUCACGCUGCCUUAAAGUAUAUGGUGAUGCAUCGGGUCAGAUGAUCAAUCAGCAGAAAUCCUCUAUUAUCUUUGGAUCUAAUGUCCCUGAGGAAAUCAAAAUGGAGGUCAAAGUAGCUCUUGGAAUCGAUACGGAAGGAGGAGAGGGUUCCUACCUUGGCUUACCUAAAUGUUUCAGUGGUUCCAAGAGGAAGUUACUUAGCUUUCUCCGCGAAAAGCUCCAUGGCCGGCUGAACGGUUGGUUCUCAAAGGCACUAUCUCAAGGUGGCAAAGAGAUACUACUCAAAUCCAUUUGUCUGGCUCUGCCGAUCUACGCUAUGACAUGUUUCAAGCUUCCUAAAGAUACAUGUGAAAGAAUGACCAGUGCUAUGAUUCAGUUUUGGUGGAGCAGUGGCAAUAAUAAGAGCAAAAUUGCUUGGGUUGCUUGGCAGAAACUAUGCAAGUCUAAAGAGGUUGGUGGAUUUGGUUUUCAUGAUCUCGAGAAGUUUAACCAAGCCCUGUUAGGCAAGCAGGCUUGGCGUCUCUGGAGCUCUCCUAACUCUCUGCUGGCGCAAAUACUCAAACAUCGUUACCAUAAGAACUGUAACUUCCUUGAUAGUUAUGUUGGUACGAGACCCUCAUACGCUUGGAGGAGUAUCCUUCAUGGGAGGGAGCUUCUUGCGAAAGGUCUGUUGCGGUCUAUUGGCAGUGGUGAGAACACUCUUGUGUGGCAAGAAAAUUGGCUGCUUGAUGAUCUACCUCGAGUUCCCAACUACAGACAAGAAGCUCCGAUGGAUCUCACGUUGAAGGUUUCUGAUCUUAUCGAUGUUCAUUCUGGCCAAUGGAUAGUGCCACGUGUUAGAGAGACGUUUAGUCCUGAUGAUGUGCGACUUGUCCUCAACACCAAGAUCAACCCUUCAUGUCACGAUAAUACGAUCUGGUGCUUCACAAAAAGUGAACAAUAUUCGUCGAAGAGCGGCUACAAACUCCUCGCGGACUUACAGGAGAUGAACUCUCCUUUCCCAGCCUUACCCCCCCCCCCCCCCCCCAUUGAAAAACAGCUCUGGUCUGAUCUAUGGAGAACAAAAACAUCCCCUAAACUCAGACAUUUUCUGUGGCGCGCUCUAUCUGGAGCUUUGGCGGUGAAGGAAAGAUUACGUACUAGAGGCAUCCACCUUGACACUACAUGUGUAACUUGUGGGUCAGCGUCAGAAUCUAUUUGUCAUGUUCUGUUCCAGUGUAGGUAUGCGCAGGAAGUAUGGUCUCUAUCCGGUAUUCCUCCUCCUACUGCUGGUUACUCUCAGACAUCGAUGUUCUUAAACCUUUUCCAUCUCUUGAAGUGUAGCAGAAACCCGUCCCUCCCCUUGGGUGUGCGUCUCGCUUUUCUAUGGGUCCUAUGGCAUAUAUGGAAAGCUAGAAAUGGCUUUAUCUUUGAGCAUGUGAGAAUGGAGCCUUCCCUGGUUCUAUCUCGAGCUAUGGAAGAAGCGGGUAUGUGGCUCACUGUUAACUCAUGUGUUGAAUCGACUGCAAUCCCUGCUGUGGCACCUACAAUUGAGACACCUAAGAGAACCUGGUCCAAACCUCCCCGAGGUUUGCUUAAGUGCAAUGUUGGAACCUCUUGGCAACCCAGCAAUCUUGGUAGUGGUGCGUCUUGGAUUGUCAGAGAUGAGAUAGGUAAUCCUGUGAUACAUAGCAGAAGAGCUUUCUCUGGUGUUCUUUCUGAGUUGGAAGCUUCGCUUCGCUCUCUUGCGUGGUCGAUCAUGGCGCUUUCUGAUCUCCACCUUGACAAAGUGAUCAUCGAGUUCUCAUGUGUUAUGAUGGCAGAAGCCCUGCUAAACCCUACUAAGUUUCCUGAGGUCCAGUACUUAAUUCAAGAAACUUUGCAAUCUCUCCAUCGAUUCUCAACCUAUACCUUGAAUCAUGUUGAACCGGAGAAGAACAGAGUGGCUAAACUCAUUGCAGUGAGUGUCACCAAGGAUCAACGAUAUCAAUCGUAUGUGGCUCAAGGAGGCCCUGCUUGGUUGGCUCACACCAUUCAAAGAGAGGCCCUGCCUCAUGAUCUAUAGCCCCUAACAGGUGGCUCUGUGAUCUCUACGGGUGUGCGAACAAUCGCCUUUUAAGCACCUAUUGGUGUCUUUUCCCCUUUGCUGUUUUUAUUUUAUGUCUCUACUCUCUAUUGUUUCUUUGUUCUUCCUCCCAAUCCUCUUAUGUGAGGUGUGUGUUACAUUUUUGGAGGUUUCUCUUUAUAAUUUGAAUACAACCAGCGUCAAAAAAAAAAAAACAUAUGUCUAAAAUUAGCAAAUAUUUUAUUGACUAAAAUUUACAGUUACUAACCGCCGGGACAAAAUAUCAUGAACAAACAUUACAAAAAAUGUAUGGGAUCUAUCUGCAAUAAUUUCUCGAACUGUGAUGCACGCAAAAUCUCCAAAUUGUCGUCCUUUAAGGCAGCCUUGAUCAGCUCAAGCUAAACCUAAACCUGAGACACCUAAGGUAAAGUAAAUGUGUUAGCAUGGAUACAGAAAUGUAUGUACAUGGAAAAUCUUAAAUAGAGUAGAACAACAAUGUAGAAUGGAGACCAUGUAAGACAUAUCUAUUAUAUUUUAUCAUGCAAGUAGUAUUCUAUAUACAUCGCUGCUUAACCAAUAUAGUGUAUUUGACACCACUACACAUUAUUAUAUUUAGUUUUGUUAAUGGGUAUUAUAUUAAGCUCAUAAGAACAUACACAAAGGCCCAAACUUCUGGUUUAAUGCGGUUACAAAUAAUGAAUUAGACAUAAAACAGAAAAUUACUUCAUAUUCAGAUUUCUAAAAAUUAUUCCAUUUGUAUUCAUGUAGGAUAAACAAAUUGAAACCAUAAUAGAAUGAACAGUAGAGUCCAAAUGCAAUUCCUCAAAAUUUUGGGUUACAUUGUUUACACGUACCGACUUGCAACAGAAAAUUACUUCAGAUUUAGAUGCAUAUAUGUUUCGGUGUUUUCGCGACUGUUGCUUUUGAAAUCCAAGAGCAUCUCUUUUCUGUCACUGACAAAGCCUUCUAAAACGGUCGUUUUCUCCACAAAACUUCUCCUAGAACGUAUCCGGUGGUGUUUUCAUCGCUCAAAUCUGAGAAGAAAUCUAUUUGUUUUUCCAAAUUUUAUCAUUGAAAUUUUUAUUUUGUGAGAGUGUGUGAAUAACAAAGGACCACGUCUUAUUUUUCACAGUUACUAAUUAUUAAUUAAAAUUUUGUUUUUUUUGCAGGCUUUACCAGUUUUAUAAAAAGAUAUACCUUAUAUAUUAUUUGAUGAUUUUAAAAUAAAAUGUAACUUCAAUUUUGUAUUAAUUACAAUAUUAACUUACUGAGGUGUCAACACCUAACAUCUUCUUAUUACGUACGUGGCAACCUUAUAAUGAAUGUGGACAAACUUUGGAUUAACAAUUAACAUAACAUAAAUCGGCCAUGUGUUGUACAUUGUUAUAAACAUUUUAUAUUAACGAGAAACCCUUACAAAAAAUAGUGACAUACUUCUAAGUAAAAAAAGUAGGAAAUAUAAUAAUUCACACUUUAACUACAUAAAAACUUUUUAUAAUAGAGUAGUCGAUGGUUCUUCUGUCUUCGACACAAGCAAUAGUAUUGUUUUUGCUUUGUUUAAACUUGACGAAAUAAACCAUUGGAUUAAAGAUAAGAAACCUCAUUUUAGUAAAGACAAUAGAGAUGAGUGUUUAGACUAUGACUAUUUUCCAUCUCCAUUAGAUCUGUUUAAAUAGAAAUGAAUCUUUAUAUAUAAAAGACACUUUUAAUGUCUCCUGGGUGUGUCAACAAGGAUGCCACGUCAUCAAUUCACAGGCUCCUGUUGCGACACGUCAGAAACGCACCGUUUCAUUAAAUCGUGAUUCAAUUGUUACGGGCUUAGCGUUGGGCUCAUGUUGCGUUCGUAUGCGGCCCGAUGACCACAAACUUCUACUGAAACCCUAAUCAGUCUUACGCUCUCCUUUGUGUUUUUCGCUCUCCUUUGUGUUUUUCGCUCACCUUCAAUCAGCGCAGAUGCAUCCAGAAUCUGUAACGGUUCUCCGAGAGUUAAUGGUCUUAAGUCGUCUUCAAUCGCCAUCCCACUAUGAAGCUCUCUCCUGCGCCGUUCGUCUGCUAAGACGUGUAUAAAUAUGCUGUAAUCUCACCGGUGCGUAUCGUUUCUUUAUGUUUUUGGUUCUUAGAUGUUAUAUGAUUGUUUGCUUUAAAAUUCUGGUGAAUUUCUUUAUGUUACUGCGUUAAUAGAUGUUCGAUUCUGAGAUGUUUUAAAAUUUGUUACAGAGGACAUCAAGGAGAAGAUUCCCUAUGUGGCGUUGGAUUAUGAGAAGGAGGUUGAGACAGCCAAAUCAAGCUCUGCAAUCAAGGUGACUUAUGAGCUCCCUAAUGUGAUCAGUAGUUUACAAGGAUUAAACUUUUUGGCUGUCCAAAUUUUUUUCAUAUGCCUACUCUAAAUUUACUGAAGGUUAGAAGAGUAGACUUUUUUCAGUAAUUGUUUUUCAUUAAAUUUUAUACCUUAACUCUUUUAUGUUAACGCUAGAUUUUUUUGUGAUCCCAAGGUAAUGUUACGUGAGACUUUCAAGAUAGAGCAUCCUAAGGAACAAAUAUACUGCUGCUUGGAUGCUUGAUGUGAGUGGCUCCUUCUCACCUUGCAGGUUCUUUUGUAACUUAGCCUCUUGAUCUUAAAGGCACACUGACGUUGAAUUUUAAUCCAAAACCAGGUUAGAAUGUUUCCUGGUUAGAAUAUUUACUAGAGACAAUGCUAUACUUCCUCUCAGCACAUACUCAUAAUUGUUUUGGUAUCUCAGUUGACAUGUUCUUAAACUAACUGUAAUACUUGCAUUUCACACUAAUUCAGAAGGCACCUUAUGUUGCUAAAACUGAAAAGUGCAAGGUUGAAGAACAUGAAAAACUACAACAAUUACCUGGUAAAACAAGUGCCAGUGGAGUGUCAGUUUAUAUAUUGGCUGUUAUUUGAGUCGCUGACCAGUCAUUGAUUUGUUGUGAUUUAAAGGAGGAAGGUCGGAGCGAAGAUGAGGCCAUUCAGUUAUAUUUUCAGAGGUUAACAAUGACAACGAUGCUUAGGAUGGUAGUUAAGAGGUCAGUGGCUGAUUUUCUUUUCUUAGUUACUACGCAUCAUACUUAUGGUAUAUUAGAAACUUUUUCAUAUAUGUUCAGUUUUGUGCUGCUUAGGAUGGAAGCCAAUGACUAAGAAGUUGAAGUUUGUAGCAUGAGUAAAUCUCUCUGCUUUAAAAAAAAAGGGAUUUUCUCAAAUGUUUAUGGAGCUGAUGUCUUUCUUUUUCUUUUUUCCUGCUUUUGUACUUCCACAAUACAUAUUUUAAAACUGUAAGUUUGUUGAUUCUCUCAUCAGAUCUCAUUCGUGUUAUGUCUAUUUGGCAGCUGAGAUUUUUCAUUGUUUGAGUCGCUUCGUGUUAAUGAAGUAGAUCUCAAAAGACUCAGGGAUUUCAGAAUAUUACAGACAAGUUCAUGGAGCUUAGUACUAACAGCAAGAUCUACCUGCUGAGCUUUGUUGUGUUACUGGAGGAUCAAGAAGUCAACAAGAUGAUGCUCUUUAUUGGUGUAAUGUAGAAUAAAUUCUUCCUGGCGAAGACAAGUUCGUGGAAAAUAUUUGAUUGAGCAUGUUGAAAAUCCCAAGAUGCUGUUGAGAAGACAACUAUUUAGUAUGUAUCAGAUAUUCAGAUGGAGAAGAAGUCAAGGAUGGAACUUUCAGACAUGAAACAAUAUUGAUUACUAUGUACCCACACAAUACCAAUCUUUUUUUUGUGUACCAAUUAUAUGUAUGUAUGUGUGUUGGGUAGUACCUAAAAAUUUGAUACUAAAAUAUUAUACAGUUCUUUUAUAUAAUAGAUAAACUUACAUACAUCAGUGUAAAUUUUUAAAAUUUAUAAUAAAAUUUGCAUUUUUAACAUUUGAGUUUUGAACCAUAUAUAUUAACAAUACAUCAAAUACUCCAUAAAUAAUCUUUAUAGCUAACAAUACAUCAUAUAGUUAUGGUUGUCUGUUAUCUUUUUGGUUUAGCCUAAACUUUGGUAGUUAAAAAAAUAAAAAGAAUUGAAGAAACACAAAUAAAAAAACAUGAAUAUAUUUCAUUAUUUUAAAUUUUUUGUUCAUGUGAGUUUGAAGAAACACAAAUAAAAAAACAUGAAUAUAUUUCUAAAAUAUAAUAAUACAUAAAUAUAUAACCUAACAUAUAUAUGUAAAUAUUAAACAAUAACAACUAAUAUCAAUUUUUUUUGCUACUUGACUAUUUUCUAAAAAAAAAGAAAAAAAUUGGCUUUUCAUUUUCGAUUUUUUAAAUUAUAUAAUUUGAGAAGAAAUGUAUUCAAAAUCCAUUAAAUUCAAGAAAAGCAAAUAUAGUGAACAAAGUAAAAUAUUUAUAUUUUAGUGAAUACUUUAAAUAUAGUUACAAAUGCAUAAUUUCAAAAAUAAAAGAAAUAGUAAAAUUUAUAGUAAAAAUAGUGAAAAUUAUAUUAAAAUAAACUAAAUUUUUAUUAAAAUUUAAAAUAUGUUUAUAUUAUUUCGUUCAUUUGCUUACCCGCCCGUAGGGCGGGUCCGACCCUAGUUUAUCAUAUACAAUGGCUAGGAGAUAAAAGAGUAGGAAGAAUGUUUGAGUUGAUCAUAAUGAUAAGUCCAACAAGUUUUUAAAACGUUAAUAUAAAAACUUUUAGCAAAAGAGAGCGUUGAUAUAGUUUAAGCAUAGGUCCAAUAGGACUUAAACGUCUAGAUCAUAUGUCCGAUUUUUUUUAAAAUAGUAUAGUGUUUUAACACUGAUUUAUUAGAAUAUUACAAUUAUGAGAAAGAUUACAUAGACGAUUCGACAACCGACAAUACUACUUGCCUUAUGAGGAUCUACGUCUAACUGCAUCACAAGAGCCGUUCUAUGAAGAUCUACGCCUGACCGAGUUUACUUGCACCAUGUUAAAGAUCCUUUGUAAGUUUUUCCUCCAUAGUUUGCAUAAUUGUUUAAUAAAUAGCUUUUUCUGAAAAUUGAACCUGGACCUGCUAGUGGAGAAGCAUUAAUAAACCCUUAGUUAAACUAGUGGAAUAAAGGGACUUCCACAUAAAAAAAAAAAGAGAGUAUAAUUUAAAGAAAUGAUUAACAAAUAUGUGGAUUGUUCGAUUCUCAUAUAGUACCGGUGUAUAACAUCCAUCUCACGUAAAAUUUAGGGUAUGAAUGGUGACCAAUGAACGGCGAGGAAUAAUGCAUUUCUUAACGUUCCUAAAAAAUCACCAUUCACAAGGAAUAAUAAUUUCCUCUCAUUCCCUUUCAUUCCUUUUUUUUGUAGAGAAUUAAAGAACAAAAUUAUUCCUUGUUAAAAUUGAUAAAGAACAACCAUUCUUUUUCAUUUCUGCUAUUUUAUUUCCGAACAUUCCUUUUUUAUUUGUUUCUCUUGUUUUCCGAAUGGUCACCAGUCAGACCUUUAAAGUGAUUAUGUUUCCAGCAUAUAUUAAAACUUGAUGCACAAUUUUAAAUCAGUUAUAUAUGGUAAGUUUUAUUCAAGACAAUAUUAUGCUUUGUCUACAAAUCUACUAUUUCGAUCAUAGAAAACAACUUGUCAAAUAUAUUUGUGGUAAAUAUUGAUCAUUUUCAUAAGUAUUGGUUCAAUGUAUCAGGCUACAUGGUUUCUAAAUAAUUAAUUAUUGAAAUUUCAAUUAACCUAACAAUCUGAAAACCUGCAUAUACGAAAAUAUACGAUAUAUGCGUGCAAGUUAGGUUUUUUCGUCGGACACUGAAUUAUAACGUUUUUUACGGUGCAAUUUCCCUUUUUUUAACCAAGAGCUCUUGGUCUAGUGGUAAUGGAACUCCAGCUGGAGUGUCUGUUAUGGGUUCGAGUCGCAUUGGCCACUUCCCCACCUAUAACUGUGCAUGCCCGGAUGGAAUGGUUCGUGGGGAUUAGUUUGGGCUUACCGCCUAGGAUCCCCACGGAUAUCAAAAAAAAGAAAAAAAAUUCCUUUUUUUUUUUGAACAACUGGUGCAAUUUCCCUUAGAAGAAUUUUACUAGGUGCACAAAAAAAAAAUUAUAUGUUUUAUUAGUUUUGUUUACGUCAAUAGUAUUUUCUCUUGUUAUGGCCCAUCAACCUAGAUCGGAAUGAAGCAUUGGUUUGUAAGCCCAAUACAAAAAUCUCUGAGAAAUAAAAUAGGCCGAAAAUUUAAAACUUUCGGAUAAGUUCGAAAUAUAAUUCCUCUACACCGACUACAACCUACACUCAGAAACAGAAUGGUACAACCAGGAUUGAUUCACUAAACAAUACACGUGGAGAACUAUGGAUGCAUUAGUACACACUAGCUAUAUACACCUGUAUCCAGCUGAUAAUAAUUUGGCCAUAAAAAAGAUCUUUAAAAGAAAAUGAGAUAUUCUUAGGACCUUUGUAUAUAUACACCACUUAAACCCUACUCCUUGUCCUCUGCCUCAGCCUCUCAGUUUACCAAAACCCUAGUUUCAAAGCUUUACUCUCCAGAAAUGGCUUUCUGCAAAAGUCUCGGUGGUCUAUUGAGGCAAGGUGCGGUUUCUCAGACAGGGAAUGUUCCCGUUCAGUCUAUGCUCGGUUCUCUCCGGUACAUGUCUACCAAGCUCUUUGUCGGUGGUCUCUCAUGGGGAACUGAUGACCAGUCAUUGAGGGAGGCUUUCUCUAACUUCGGUGAAGUCAUCGAUUGUAAGUAAUGGUUGCACGUUGAAGAUUUUUGUUACAUUGUGCGAAAGUUUAUAUUUUUUAUUUUUAUUUAUUGUUGUGCAGCUAAGGUCAUUGUUGAUAGGGAAACCGGAAGGUCAAGGGGGUUUGGAUUUGUCAAUUUCUCUGAUGAGAGUGCUGCUAAUGCCGCAAUUUCAGAGAUGGACGGAAAGGAACUGAAUGGACGCAACAUCCGAGUGAAUGUUGCUAACGAUAGACCAAGUGCUCCCCGGGCUUAUGGGGGUGGUGGUGGCGGCUACGGUGGAGGUGGUGGUGGCUACGGUGGAGGUGGUGGUGGCUAUGGAGGAGGUGGUGAUGGAGGCGGUUACUAAACAGAGGAGCUUCUUGUGAUAAGAAGAAUUGAUCUUUCUGUUUGUUUUUUUUUAUUAUUUAAAUCGAGCUUGUGCUAGUACAAAACCUGAAUGGGAUUUGUUGAGACUCUAGUAGUCAGUACUCUUAUCUAAGACACGGCUUUUCACUCAGUUUGUGUUAGCUUCAAAUAUUGUCCGUUAAUAAUUCUGGAGGAAAGCCGAAUUGAGAGUAUGAGCAGUUAUCAUCUGUUUUAGAAUUAUACCCGAUCUGACUUGAGAUUUGAGUUCUUGUAAAAGGAAGUGUAUUCUUCAA